UUCAAACAUUGCGAGCCUGGUACAAAAAUAAAUAUUUUCGUUUUAAUUAUAACGUCGCAUAUUCUUUUCGUUCUGAAAUGGUUCCCGCCGUCACCGCCGCAGUGCGACGAUCGCUUCUCUUCCAUCUGUUUUUUCUCGCGGUGCCGAGGAAAAUGGUCGAACGUUCGAACAAUGUCUCAGUUUCUUCAAUUAGUGGCCAGAAUAUUGGAGCGAGGGUCCCUGAACCACCGCCAAUCGGGUUCAUUGCGCCGAACGCAAGUCCCUCACAGUUUGGACUUCCGCCGCCUUUGUACGAACUGCCGCCACCUUAUAAUCCGUCGUACGAACCCUCGCGACCUCCGAUCCAACAGGUUUGUCCUGCUACUGUGACGAUGUGGAGGGAACCAAUUGACAGAGAGCGAAAAAGACGGAGGACGGUCGGCCUACUGGUGAUCGCUUUCAGCAUCGUAGUAGGAAUCACAAUGAUCACAGUUUUCUUCGUCCAAAGGAACGCUGCUUGGCGAAGCUUUCAGGAAUCUCUGCACAGUUCGCACGAUCGAUGGUUUCGGGAAAAUUAGAAAAGAUUUUCUCUUCAAGUAUUCUAAGGCAAAUAGCUACUUAACCAUCACGCUUGAAGAUCAUUUUACGAAGGCAACGAGCUUGUAAAUAAUUAUAAAACUAAUCGAAUGUAAACACUUACAAUAAUGGUUGCAAUUACAAUAUUGUAUAUACAUUUUAUAUGUAGAACGCACCAUUCAACAGCACGUGAUAAGUGACGAAAAAGGGAGAAAAAAAUUUACGAAAAACUACAAUGAAA